AUCCGCUCUCAUAAAUACAGGGAUGGUAGUCUCUGAGUGGGAAAUCUUUCUUCAGCACUGAGCCUGUAAGGUCACAAUUAAGUUUUAGCAUCAACGUUUUGAUCUUCAGUCAGUCAUGGGAGUCGCCUACAGCGUUGGAGAGGUCGAUCACCUCUACACCUUCUUUGUGGAAUGGUCCCCAGAUAUGUACGGUAAAGGCAAGAAGAAGCCUUGUAAGUCCUGCUCUCUCAAGAGGAAGAAGAACUGUCUGGUGGACAAAGACGCGGCUGCGGUGAACAAGCUCCACAAGAAGCCCGUCAACCCCCAAAAUGCAGCAAAAUGGAAGGUCAUAACGGUGAAGGACUCCAAGCGCCGCCUGAGUUUGUGUAGCUCAGUGGAAUCCGAGGAAGAGGAGAACGAGGAAUACCAGGAGGAGAAUGAAGACUCCCCCGUCCUCAGUGAUCAGAGUCAGCUGCUGGAUGAAUACCAGCUUCAAAAACUCGCUGCUCACAUGCCGGCACGGACUCAAGGAUAUCCGUGGAAUCUGGUCUACAGCACAGCCAUCCAUGGGAGCAGCCUGAAGACGCUUUACAGAAACAUGGCUGACCUGGACAGCCCUGUGCUGCUGGUCAUCAGAGACAUGCACAACAAGGUGUUUGGAGCUUUUUCCUCUGAUCCCUUCAAAGUCAGUCAGUAUUGUUACGGCACCGGAGAGACCUUCCUGUUCACCUUUCAGCCGGACUUCCAGCAUUACAGGUGGAGCGGAGAGAACUCCUACUUUGUGAGCGGCAACAUGGAAUCUCUGCAGAUCGGUGGAGGAGGGGGCGGCUUUGCCCUGUGGCUGGAUGCUGAUCUGUACCAUGGAGCCAGCUUUUCCUGUCCUACUUUUAAUAAUCCGCCUCUUUCCACACAUCAAGACUUUAUCGUACAAGAUGUAGAGGUGUGGACGGUUCGAGGCUGAACCACGACACCAGGAACACGAGCUGUCCAAUCGUGAAGCAGAACACUGGAAGCAGUUAAGCCUCUGCUUGGUCCCGAUGGAGCGUUUGCUCCUGCAGACGACCCCACCUACUGGAGACAGUUUAAUGGACUGGUUCUCUGACUGGGAUUCCUGCUUGGUUGAACUGUGAGUGUUAAAGAUGUGUAGCUGCAUCAAGUCCUGAGCUUCAGGUUCCUGCUGAUCAGAACUUCUGCUGUCAUAUUUAAGCUGCUCCUCUGUGAUCAUGGAGAAUAUUAUGACUCAAAGUUCUUGGUAAAAGUUGGUGAAAGACAAGUUUGUCAACACUGAAAACACAUUCCAGGGCAAACAUUUGUGUUUAUUGAAAAGGCAGACAUGUGUGGUGUGUUCAUUAAUGCAUCUAUGAUGCUAAGCUGUCUGUGUUUGAUUCUGUCAUGGUUGAAUUGUUUUAUGGUGAUAACACUAGUGUGAUAGGACCCCAAGGAAACUACUGAAGCCUGCGGUUGGCUGCAGGUCUGCUUGUACUCACCUUGACCUUCAUUGUACUUCCUCUUUUGUUUGUACCCAGUUCAACACGUUUGAAUUAAUAACGAUGAGGUUAAGCCGUGGAAAUGUUGACUGAAUAAUGCACAGUUUAACUCAUGGAGCUACUGCCUUAAUAUUACAUGCAUGAGUGCAUGUCGGGUUGCAAGCAUGCAUGUGGUAAAUACAUGGAUGGUAACAGUUUUACACCUUGUUUGUACAAAAUGUUAACCACUGUGUUUGAAAAACCCUUUGUGCACAAUUCAGCAGCUGGGUCUGGGUGGAGGUGUGAGCUGACCAGUACCUGGUUGGGUUUUAAUUUCUGACUCCAUUUUGAGAGAAAAAUCUAUUUGAAUAAUUUGAAUCUUUUUCAUACUUAAAGAAAAUUCCCUUAA